AGAUACCUCUAUUGGUAUUGGGGUCUCCGACUCGAUCGUGGCAGGUUGGAUUUACCCCGUUUGUCACUGAGAAAAUAGCUUUACUCAAAUCUACGUUUUACAGUGGUACAUUCACGUAUUUUAAUUCGUUUGUUUCUCAGUGAACAUUGAUUGGUAAUAGCAUUAGACAGGUUGCGAUACAUUUGAUAAGUGCAGCGUCUCGUUGCUGACAUUUUUUACAUUAGACACGCGACGGUAAGGUAUGGCGUUUUUGAGAACGGUGCCGCGUUGCAGUGCCGGUAAAAAGCUAAGGAAGUGUGUGCCACUUCCCAUCGGGUUUCUCGAGAACGUAACGAAGCCAUCGGUGCAGUUGGUGCAGGUGCACGAACGUGAAUACACUGGCGCUGCUGCUAACGUGAAGCCGGUUCCUCGACAGAUCGACCCCUUGGAUUUGAAGUUUAACGAUCCAGUAGCCUCUUUCAAAAGCAAAACUACCAAAGAGCUUCUGCGUGCUUACGUUGUGUAUCAACUAUGUUCGAUCGGGUAUAUCGCCGAGCACAAUAUGACGUUAAUGAAAAUCGCCAAACAGGUGUUAGGCGAGAAGCUUUUCACGAAGCUUAUGAAGGCGACAUUUUACGGUCACUUUGUCGCCGGCGAAGACGAGGUGCAGAUCACUCCUGUCCUGGAUAGGUUACGACAAUUCGGUGUUAAGCCCAUCCUUGAUUACUCCGUCGAAGAGGAUAUCUCGCAAGAGGAAGCUGAACGUCGUGAAAUACAAGCUUCCGUGUCGGAAGCAGGAGACGAGACGAGGGAAGGUCCUCUGAAGAAGUACCAUGUGGCGAAAACAUUCGCUGAUCGCCGGUACAAAGUCUCAUCGGCGAGAACGUAUUUCUACCUUAACGAAGCCUCCUGCGAACGUAACAUGGACAUCUUCAUCAGAUGUCUCGAAUCUGUUGCAGGUGCUUCGAUGGGAGUCGGCUUCACUGCCAUUAAAUUAACAGCCCUUGGUCGACCACAACUCCUACUUCAAUUGUCAGAAGUAAUUAUGCGAGCACGACAAUACAUGUCUGAUGUUGUCGGUGGUGAAGGUGCCGUCUUGACUCAUCACGCGAAACCAGAUGAUUUCAUGAAAAAGUUUGAAGAGGCACACAUUAAGGAUGCAGCACCAGUACAAAAGUUUCUUCAAAAAAUUCAGUCGGACAAAGAGGGUGUUAUCCAUUUGUUCCCAUGGAGUGGUAUUCUGGAUGAAAAUUAUGAACUCAGCGAAACGUUCCAAGUACCAGAUAUUAAAACGGGAAAGAUGGUGAGGCUGAUGUCACAGCUUACAUCAAAGGAGGAAGAGAUGUUCAGGAACAUGAUAAGACGCCUGAAUAAUAUAGUCGCGGUGGCUGAUAAACUAAACGUGCGUAUCAUGAUUGAUGCCGAGCAAACAUAUUUCCAACCUGCGAUUUCGCGAUUGACGUUGGAAAUGAUGCGCAAGUACAAUACAGAUAAGGCUGUGGUAUUUAAUACCUACCAGACAUACUUACAAGAUGCUUAUAACGAGGUGAAAACGGAUCUCGAACAAGCCCAACGACAGAAUUUCUACUUCGGCGCUAAACUUGUCCGUGGAGCUUACAUCGAGCAGGAGAGAGCAAGAGCGGCAGCGAUGGGUUAUCCUGAUCCAACGAAUCCUUCCUACGAGGCUACAACCGAGUCCUAUCAUAAGACGCUUAUGGAGUGCCUGAGGCGGAUGAAACAGUACAAAGAUAAAGGCGAGGAUCCUAAGAAAAUAGGAAUUAUGGUCGCCUCUCAUAACGAAGAUACAGUACGCUUCGCGAUUGAGAAAAUGAAGGAGAUUGGAAUCUCACCAGAAGACAAAGUAAUCUGCUUCGGCCAAUUGCUGGGAAUGUGCGAUUACAUAACAUUCCCAUUAGGUCAAUCCGGAUAUUCCGCAUAUAAAUAUAUUCCCUAUGGUCCAGUUAAAGAAGUAUUACCGUAUCUUUCUCGACGUGCACAAGAAAAUCGAGGCAUACUUAAGAAAAUCCGAAAAGAGAAACGCCUUUUGUUAUCUGAAAUUGUAAGACGCUUUGUGCGCGGCCAGAUAUUUUAUAAACCGAAGGGAAACUACACUCCCGUCUGAGCAGCCGAUUGUUUCAUUGCACAGACGAAUUUUAAGUAUCAAACUUAAGUAGUGAUUGUAAAUUAUUAAAAGACUCUUGUGGUACGCAGAGCAACGCGCGCGCGUGUGUGCGAAUGGAAGUAUAUGCAGUGUUAUUCAUUACACAAAGUUGCCUCAGUGUGACGUUAUCAAGUGCAAACUGCUCAAUAUCGCACCAUGUGGUAGAACUAUGUUCAUUGCUUCUUAUGUCUGGUAUAGAAAACCUAUCAGUGAAUUGCUUAUGACUUUUAUAAACAGAAAAGCACAUUUUAUGCUUUAUUAGAAAACGCCAUGUUCAAUACGUUCAUAUUACGUUCACAAUACAAUAACGAACAUGCACAUUUUUGAUAAUUAAAAACUUUUAUACCAAAACAGAAAGUAUCGAAAUUAUCAAAAUCAUAUUCACGACGAACUUUCACUUUUACUUUUGUUCCUCAGUAUUCCCAAGACUUUACGAGGGUAAUAUUGAAUUGCAUUGAUAAAUUCUAAAUGAAAUUCUACCUAAAAAUAGAACAAAUACAGCCUUGUCUGAAACGUACUAGUUUUGUUAUUAUUUUAUUUAAGAAUCUCGUUGUGCACACGUGCACGAUUAUUUAUAGUGGACAUAUUUAAAUAUUUUUUGACAUACGUUCUUUAGUAUUUUGUUGAAAAAUAUGAUUUUCAUAUGAAGAUAGGUAAUUAUAUAAAGUCCAUUAUGUCCAUAGCGAGCUGCAUUUAAUUAAGUGAAAUACUCGUAUGGAAUGAACAUUCAGCCCCACUUCCAUGCUUUGUGCGUAGUUACCAAGAACGGAUUUAACCAAAGUGAUAGUAUUGGCAAAUACUAGAGAAUGCAAGUCAUAAUAGAGUCUAUUUGGUCCGAAUGGAAGUGUUUGCACAUAAUUUAGAAAAAAAAAAAAUGACUCUUAUAAAUUUUUAGUAAAUGAAUAAGAUCUUUACAAAAAUUGGGAACAUUUUGUUAAAAUUGUUUUAUAUAAGAGUCAUUUUUUGUGUGUACAAUUACUACGCAUGUUGAAAUAAAAAGUUGAGUAAUCUUGGGCUGAAACAGUGAUAAACUGCGAAUUAGGAAUUGAAAAAAGUACGUAAUUGCGACACGUUAUAUAAGUUUUUAGUUCACGUUGCUUCAGCCUAAAGUUGCUUUUUCUUAUCGGAUAAUAAUAAUCAUAAAUAUACAAUGCUGUUUAAACGAUGCGCCCCAAUGAAUUAAUAUGGCUUAUACACAGCUCUUUGUUACAUUUUCUUUCAGAAUUAAAACUAAUUUUAAGAAAAUUAUCAAAGAACUUUUAUAAUUUAUAAAUAAUAAAUUGUUCUUUAGCUACGAGUUUUACGUACUGAACGACGAAUCCUGUGUAUUUUUGCUGAACUAGUAUAUUCAUAUUGUUUAAAAGGAAGAGUUACGAAUAACAUUUGUACAAACUGAAUAUUAACUCUUUUUUCCGCAAUAUUUCUGUAUUUUUAAUUUAUGUAUUGAAAUGUAAUUUUAUGCAUUGAGAAUGCUACUUUUAUUAUUACUAGCAAUGAAAAUAAUUCGACCUCUGGUGGAUAAUUUCCAUGCAGUUGGAUAACACUUCGAUAUUUUCUCGUCAGUAUUUAAAAAGAAAAUGAAAAAAGAAACAAAAUAGAACGUCAUUGUUCAACAGGAUUUUCUUUCUAUUAAUUAAUGUUUUAAAGUAUAAAUAUACAAUUUACAUUUGUUGUAAACAUCAUUUGUUUAUAUAAUACGUAAACGUACAAUAUUUUAUGAUCUCCUGUAUUAUAAUACGAUGUAAUUGCAUUCGGAAUAUGUAUGUACUUUGUAUUUGCUAUUGUCAAAAGAAAUAUGUAUUUUGUUCUAUAGAACAGUCUUAUCGUAAAGUUAUGAUUUUUAUUGAGAUUAAGUUAAUCUCUGAAUAUCAUGUUAUUAUACUUGCAACCUAAGAAGAAAUUUAAUCAAUGAAUAAAGGGGCAUUGUUGAAGUUA